CCCAUUCAUGUAUCAGUGAGCCGGUGUCUAACACUUCAGACAAGAGAGAACCAUGAAAUCGCGUUAAACCUUUGUAAUAGUUAUAUGAAUAAAAGAGCCUGACUACACCUCUCCGUAGCUACUGUAUUAUAAAAAGACACUCCGUGUUAUUUCUCAGUGUUGUACUCGUGCUCUGCAGCGAAGAUGUCAGUGGUGGGAUUUGAUGUGGGCUUCCAGAGCUGUUAUGUUGCUGUCGCUCGAGCCGGUGGAAUAGAGACCGUUGCAAACGAAUAUAGCGACCGGAGCACACCGUCAUUUGUAUCGUUUGGGCCACGUAAUCGUUCUGUAGGAGCUGCUGCCAAAAACCAGGUGGUCACAAACUGCAAGAACACUGUGCAAGGUUUUAAGCGAUUACAUGGCAGGGCCUUCAGUGACCCGUAUGUCCAGUCGGCAAAGUCCAGCCAUGUCUAUGAUCUCGCCCCCAUGCCAACGGGGACCACUGGCAUUAAGGUCAUGUAUAUGGAGGAAGAGAAGGUGUUCAGCAUCGAACAGGUCACUGCCAUGCUGCUGACCAAGCUGAAAGAGACCGCUGAAGCAGCACUCAAGAAACCUGUGGCAGACUGUGUCAUAUCUGUGCCCAGCUUCUAUACUGAUGCAGAGCGAAGAUCAGUCAUGGAUGCUGCUCAGAUCGCAGGCCUAAACUGUCUAAGACUCAUGAAUGACACUACAGCAGUUGCGCUUGCAUAUGGGAUCUACAAGCAGGAUCUGCCUGCCACUGAAGAAAAGCCCAGGAUUGUGGUUUUUGUUGAUGUUGGCCAUGCAAGUUACCAGGUCUCUGCAUGUGCCUUUAACAAGGGGAAGUUAAAGGUUCUGGGUUCUGCAUUUGACCAUGAGCUGGGCGGUAAAGACUUUGACGAGGUGCUGGUCAAUUACUUCUGUGAGGAAUUCGGCCAGAAGUACAAGCUGGACGUGCGCUCGAAGCCCCGUGCUCUGGUGCGUCUCUACCAGGAGUGCGAAAAGCUGAAAAAACUCAUGAGUGCCAACUCCUCUGACCUGCCACUCAACAUUGAAUGCUUCAUGAAUGACAUCGAUGUCACCGGGACACUCAACAGAUCCAAGUUUGAGGAGUUCAGUGCGGGGCUGCUGGGCAAGGUGGAGGGUCCCCUGCGCAGCGUCAUGGAACAGACCAAGCUGAAGAAAGAGGACAUCUACUCGGUGGAGAUCAUAGGCGGCGCCUCCAGGAUUCCAGCCAUUAAAGAGCGAAUCAGCAAAUUCUUCGGGAAGGAGCUGAGCACUACACUAAAUGCGGACGAGGCUGUGGCAAGAGGAUGUGCACUGCAGUGUGCUAUUCUGUCACCCGCCUUUAAAGUGCGUGAGUUUUUCAUCACAGACGUGGUUCCAUACCCCAUCUCUCUAAAAUGGACAUCAGCGGCUGAUGAAGGCUUAAGCGAUUGUGAAGUAUUCCAAAAGAACCAUGCAGCACCCUUCUCUAAAGUGUUGACUUUCUACCGGAGGGAGCCUUUCAAUUUGGAGGCCUACUACAACAAUCCAAAAGAGCUGCCAUAUCCCAAUCCUACCAUAGGCCAGUUCAACAUCCAGAAGGUGGUACCUCAGCCAUCAGGUGAGAGCUCCAAGGUGAAGGUGAAGGUACGUGUGAAUGUGCACGGGGUCUUCAGCGUGUCCAGUGCCUCCCUGGUGGAGGUCCUAAAAUCUGCUGAAGGAGAAGAGCCCAUGGAGACAGAGACUCCUACCAAGGAGGAUGAGAACAAGAUGCAAGUGGAUCAAGAAGUACAGAAGGCUCAAGCUGAUGAUCAGAAAGAAAACGUUGACAAGAAAUCAGACAGUGAAGACAUGGAGAUUUCAACAGAAGACAAACAGGAGGAGAAGAAGAAUGACCAGCCACCACAAGCCAAGAAAGCCAAAGUGAAGACAAAGACAGUGGAACUGCCAAUCGAGAACAGUCUGCACUGGCAACUGGCCAAUGACAUGCUUAAUCUGUUUGUGGAGAAUGAGGGGAAGAUGAUUAUGCAGGACAAGCUGGAGAAAGAAAGGAAUGAUGCUAAGAACUGUGUAGAAGAGUAUGUUUAUGAAAUGAGAGACAAACUGCAUGGAGUGCUGGAGAACUUUGUCAAUGAGGCUGACAGAGAUUCUUUCUCCUUAAAACUGGAGGACACAGAAAACUGGUUAUAUGAAGAAGGAGAGGACCAGCAGAAGCAAGUGUAUGUUGAUAAACUGGCAGAGUUGAAGAAACUGGGCGAGCCUAUUCUGAGCCGAUAUAUUGAGGCUGAUGUGCGACCAAAAGCUUUUGAGGAGCUUGGAAGGCAAAUUCAGCUGUACAUGAAAGUCGUAGAGGCUUAUAAGGCCAAGGAUGAGCUGUAUGAUCAUUUGGAAGAGCUGGAGGUCAUGAAAGUUGAGAAGCAGGUGAAUGAAGCUAUGACCUGGUUGAACAACAAAAUGAAUCUGCAGAGCAAACAGAGUCUCAGCCAGGACCCUGUGGUCAGAACACAAGAGAUUCAGGCCAAAACAAAGGAGCUGUAUUCUGCUUGCAAUCAUAUUGCCACCAAACCUAAGCCCAAAGUGGAGCCUCCCAAGGAGAAGAAGGCUGCUGAACAGAAUGGACCUGUAAAUGGACAGGAGGGCCCAGAGGCCCAUACGGGCAGCCCAGAAAUCACAGAUGCCAAGCUUCCUUAAAUGGACAUUGACUAAGUUAGCUUGGCCCGCUCCACCCCAGCCUCUCUCAUGCCUCUUAAAUGCUUCUGGCAUUUAAGAUAAAAAAAAACAAAAAACAGAAGUAUUCAAACAAUAAGCAUCUCAACAUGAUUGAUGCAUGUUUGGUUCAAGUAAAUGUCAAGUAAAAAAAAAAAAAAAAAAAAA